AUGAGCAGCAACUUGUCGAGGCAGCGGCCGCCGCUCGUCGUGUCCACCGGUGCCUUGCGGCCGCGCGCGGACGUCCCGUCGAAGGCUCCGGCGCUGAGCUCUGGCGUCGUGUUGUUUGACCCGAAGGAUCUUGCGACUGGGGCUGCCUGGAGGCCACAGAUGUCAGGAGCGCAGGAGGAAGCGGAGCAGGAGGCGGAGCAGGAGAAGAAGCGAGCAGCGAUUGCAGUAGAGGCUGGAGCUGAUCGCGAAAGUGGUGGAGACGGAGAGGGAGGGAAGAAGACGGCAGCCACUGGGGCGACUGUGGUGGACGUUGAAGCGGCAAAGCAGUUCCGACUGCGCGCCCGUGUGGUGGAAGAGAUCUGCGAGACGGAGAAGAGCUAUGUGAGCGACAUCCGCGCGCUGAACGACCACUACAUUGUGGCGCUCGAAGAAAAGGCCCAUCCGAUCAUGGACGACGCGCAGAUUGCCGUGUUUUUCAACAACUUGCGCCAUCUCGUGAUGCUCAAUUCCAAGCUCUUGGCGGACCUCCAGGCAAUUGGCGACCGUCCGCUGGCUGCUGCGGCUCUGGAAAAACGACCAAGUGGAACGAAGCAAACAACUGCAAGUCGACAUGGCCCGAAACGUGGCGCGAGUCCCGUCUCAGUUGCCGUGCAAUGCGAAGCAGAGGGCGUGGGCGCGGUCUUUUGUCGGUACGCACCCUUGUUCAAGCUCUAUGGAGGAUACGCCAAGGAUUACGAAGAAGUGGCUGCACUGUUGCAGAAUUUCGGACGCGAUGCUCGUUUGGGAUUUUCGAAGUUCUUAGAAACCUGUCGAGAAAAGAGCGGCUCCUUGAAGCCGUUUGAUAGCUUGUUGAUUAUGCCAAUCCAGCGCAUUCCGCGGUACAAACUGCUUCUGGAGCGUCUAUGCGAGUUCACGCCGCCAGAACACCCCGACGCUGCAUUCCUGAAAGAGGCAGUGAACCGGAUACGCAGUGCGGCAUCACUUAUCAACGAGAUUGUGGGGCGUCAGGAAAACCUUGAGAUCGUGCUGCAAGCCCAGCAAAAGUUCUCGGGUCAGCUUUCGUUAUUUACAGCUGACCGGAGAUUGCUGAAGUCAGGCAAGCUUACCAAGAUGUCAACAAAGCGACAGGAAGAAGUCAUGAUACAUCUCUUCAAUGACAUUCUCCUGUACAGUGGCGUUCUAAUCACCGGCGGCUACCGCGUGCGGCGGAUUAAGCCCAGAGAAAAAAGCAAGCUAGAAUCGAUGAAGAUCGUGACGGCGACGGCACCGAUUUCGAGUCGUGCGAUGGACCUGCCGACGCAGCAGCCCUUUGGGUUCCUGACGAUGUUGCUGAAUCAUGCAACAUUUGCCAUGCGUCUUUCCGUGCAUACUAUCGAAGAAGGCAUCACUGCCGCCGGUGUGGAACGGUGCCCUUGCUUUAAGGUCCUUGACCUUGUGCGCCAAAUAGCACUACAGUGGCUGUCGAGGGUUGUGGAGUUUCGUGGUGUGCUGCGCCGUCGGCGCCUAAACAAGUGGAGUGAGUACUACUACGAGCUUCGAGCAGGUGUACUCAAACAGUUUUUGCUAGAAGCAACACCAAUUGGUGCUGCGUCAUCUGGUCAGAAUGGGAAUGCUAAAGGCUCUGAAAGCAGAGAGUUGGCGACUGGUGGAGACCCAGUGAACUCGAGAACAUUCCGACGCUGCACUGAUGAGCUUUCAGUUGCUGGUGCCAUUGUGAUCCAUCGAUCCGAUAGCCGGGCGCACAAAAAUCGCUUUUGCUUCCAAAUUUCGACGACCGAGUACGAUGAGUCUCGAUCGAUGAUGGGAAGUGACACGAGGCAGUGCAAAGUAAGCCCAAGCCGCUUGAUUCGAGCAGCCAAUCGAUCAAGGAGCAAGGUGUCCCCGUUCCGACAAGCUGCCAAUUGCUUUGGUGUACCCCGUCGACGUGACCACGCAAUCGUUUCCGAAAGUCCGAAUACUUCAUGUGAAACCGCUGCUUUAAUGGUCUCGCCGUCACCGGUGCAUCCCGCACCUUCCUCGUCGCCGAGUCCGACGCCUGCGGCUAUACCUGAAAACGAGUGGGUCUUGCGACGUUUGUCGUCUCUUGAUCAUGGCCAUGCCACGGACGCCGAGAUAUCAAUGGAACUUGCCCACGCUGCAGGAAAAGAUCGCGACGCAUAUUUGCUAGAGCGCCGCCGCCGCCAAAUUUUGAAGGAGAUCAUUCGCUCCGAAGAAAGCUACGUCCAAUGCUUAAGCGAGUGUAUACGCUUGUUCGUUCAGCCUCUGCUGCUGCGGCAGCUUGAAGGCCGGCAAAUGCAUCGACGCCGCCAAAGCAAGCGCAGAAGAUCCCUUCGUCCCGUGCUUGGUGGACCCCUGAGUACUUCUGCUCGAGCAGCUACUCCGAAACGGGACCAUUAUCGCGCAGUGAGCAAUGGAAGUGUUGGAGCUAGAUUCGCACGAAGAGGUGGUAGCAGCAACAGUUUGCACACAGCGCUGAACGCCUCCUUCAGCGUAGCUUCAACCUCAGCGUCAUCGUCUUUGUCAGCGACUUCCACACUCAAGAUGCUGGUUAUGGACGCGGAUCUGUCCAUCUUUUUCAGCAGUGUAGAUCAAAUCUACACGCUUAACCAGCAGCUGCUGGACCAUUUAUCGCGCCACCUAGAAGAAACCAGCUCCACAUCACCACUCCCAUCGCAUCUCGGAAAUGGUCCAGGUCAAGGCGAGACAGCUAAUUUUUCCGGCGUAAGGGUACAUCGAACCGGAGCCAUAUUCCACGCGUACGCUCCGCUGAUGCAGUUGUACACCUCGUAUGCAAGUCGUCAUAGCGCGGCACUGUCUGCACUGGAGUCGCCCCAAUUUGCCGGAUUCUUGCGUGAGCUGCCUCCCGAGGCUGACGUAAACCGUUUACGACGCUACCUGAACAUGCCCGUGGAGCGAAUUCCCCGCUACAAGAUGCUUCUCAAAGAGCUGCUGGAAUUCACCCCACCCGAGCACGUCGACUUUGUACCGUUGCAGUCGGCGAUUCACAGUGUGGAUCGCGUGGCAAGCAAGAUCGAGGAAAUAAGCGAGAUACGCGAGAACGCGCGCACUCUUGCGACGGUGAGCGCAAAGUUGGGGAUGAAUCUCUCCGGCCGACACUUUAUUCGAGACGGCAUGCUGCGUAAAGUGUGCCGCAGCAAGGUGCAAACAUACUACUUCGUGCUGCUGGAGGACGCAAUGGUGUAUGGACGACAAGGCGGAUUACACAAGAAGAAAUUCCACCUGCUUGAUCUGUGGGAGUGCAAGGUAGCGGAUGAUACCGGGACGAUGCCGGGUGUCAUAACGACUGUCGUGAACUCGAACAACGCCUUUUGUUUCUAUUCCCCUCUCAAAUCGUUCAUCUUGCUUACCGAGUCAGAGGAAGACAAGGUCAGAUGGACGACCGACAUUCGCGAUUGCAUUGACCGGAAUCUCAGCGGCAAAACCCAUCCGCGACGUACAAGCCUUCGCUCGGAGCUUUUAACGGACAAUGACGGCGAUUCGUCCAGCGGAUAUGAGUUGGAAGGAGGCUUCGCGAUCAAAAAUGGCUGGCUAAACGUUUUCGACGGCGCUGUAGUGAGUAGUCCCGGUGACGAUAGCGCGCGACCCCACGCAAUGACAAGCAGCAAUAGUGGCAAGAAAUGUCGACGUCUCUGGAUCACGCUGACACUACAAGCCAUUUCGUUGGGCUCCACUUUCAAGUCUGCGCAACCUGAGGAGACGAUUCCCAUUGAUGUGUGCAAGGUGGCUCCUGCCAAGAGCGAGACGUGCUUCCGCCUGCAGCUUCCGACGGACGCAAUGCGCGCGCAGAGUACGUACGUGUUUGAAGCCCUGUCUCUAACGGAGAGAAAUGAGUGGGUGCGAGCGCUGACGCAUUGCAUCUCCGGGGGAGACGAGCUGGCUCUACGUCGUCGGAGCCUCAAGACGGCGACGCUAGCCCCAAUUUUUAUGUUCGACAAGGUCUCGAACGUCUGUACCAUUUGUAUGCACACCUUCGCCGUCUACCGGCCACGUCACCAUUGCAGAUUAUGUGGGUCGCUCGUCUGCGGCAAUUGCUCGAAACGGCGGUGGACACUUUCGUACAGUUUGAGCAAAAAGGCGUCGCGCGUUUGCGAUAGCUGCGCCAUGUCGGCCAUGAGCAUCACGCGGACGUUCCCAGCAGAAGUGUGA